AUGUCUGCAUUUGUUAUACCAAAUGCAAUAUUGAUCACUACAAAAGAUUCAAAGGAGUAUUUCUUUACAUCAUUUUUAUCGCGUGAUAGUGUCUACGAUUUAUUAGUUAGUUUAUGUAAAAUUGAAAAUAAAGAAAAAAUGGAUUUAGAAGAAAAUAAUCUUGGCGAUGGUUGUGGGAAGAAAGAAGGAACAACAACAAUUGUUGGUUCAGAAAAUGAAUGCAGUGAUAUCGAAAAAAGAAAAAGCUUAACAAAAAAUAUUAGUUCGAAAUUAAAAAAUUUGUCAAAUAGAAAACGAGAAACAAUUGCAGCGUCUUCAUCCAUUCCAACUAGAUCCAUAAGUGGGCCGGAAUCUGGAGAAUUUUCUAUGUUAGAUACUGAAUUCCCUGGUACAAUUGAAGAAAUAUAUAAUUUAUUAUUCACAAGUAAUUUCUUCUCUGACUUCAUUACAAAUCAUGAAAAUAAUGAUGAUACAAACAUCGGUGAAUGGGUUGAAGAAGACGGUAAACGAGUUCGUUUUGGAAGUUACACCAAAAAAUUUCCCAAUUCAUUUAAGAUAGGCCCAAAGACAACAAAAGUACACUUAAAGGAUGAAUUGGUUCAUUGUGAUUUUACCGGUUACACGACAUUGUUAACAUCGACCAGUACACCGGAUGUUCCAUCAGGCGACUCAUUCGUCGUGAUGACAAAAACUUGUUUGAUGUAUGCAGGCAGAAAUAGAGUAAGAAUUAUUGUUAGUUGCGCGGUAAACUUUACUAAAAAUUGUUGGUUAAAAGGAACGAUUGAAAAAGCAUCAAUUGUUGGUCAAUCUACAAAAAGUAAUUCUUCCAUACUUACAUCUCCAAUAUUAGUAAUAAUUUCAAAAUUAUCAUCAUUAUUAUCAAUCUUUUCAACAUCUUCAAUGUCACCACCAUCAAAUCUUUCACCACAAUGUUCAAUGCCAAUACCAACACCUUUCACACCACCACCAUCAAUAUUUAUGCCAAAAAAAACAAAAUUUAAACCUGAAACCAUAAUAUUUGCAGAAUUAUUG